UGUACGCUGCAAUAUGGCGGGUACACGAAUCCUAGUGCUGGCACUUCCAGCGUGCAUUGUCGGAGUGUUGUUGGGCUGUGUCUCUGGCUCGCUGUGUGUAUUUGUAGCCGCAUUGUGUACACUCGUAGUCCUCGCACUGUUCCGCAGGUCUGGACUUCCCCAGCAGGUGUGUGUGCUGGUUCUGGGCGAUGUGGGCCGCAGCCCUCGGAUGACGUAUCACGCUCUGUCAUUGGCUAGAAAUGGUUUUGACGUCACGCUAGCCGGCUUCCGUGAAACGGACCCUCACAAAGAUGUCUUGAACAACAAGAAAAUAAAAAUCCAUGAAAUAUCUGACUUCAAAGGGGUGACAGCUUGUCCAAGGAUAUGUCGAUAUGUUGUAAAGGUGAUGGUGCAAACCAUCCAGCUCUUUUGGACACUUAUGAAAAUUGAUCCGCCAUCUUUUAUCCUUCUUCAGAAUCCACCAGGUUUACCCAGCAUUGCAGUGACAUGGGCGUUUUGCUGUCUUAGAAGAUGCAAGCUAAUAAUUGACUGGCACAAUUAUGGGUAUUCAAUCAUGAGUCUGACACACAGACCUGGACAUCCGGUUCUGCUCAUUGCAAAAUGGUAUGAGAAAACAUUUGGACAACUUUCAAAUUACAACUUCUGUGUAACAAAUGCAAUGAAAGACGAUUUAAGGCUUAACUGGAGGAUAAAAGCUAUUACUCUGCAUGAUAAACCUGCUUCAAUAUUCAAAGAGACUCCAGUUGAGCUACAGCAUCAGUUAUUUAUGAAGCUAGCCAAAGACUAUGCUCCAUUUAGAGCUCAAUCAAAAUAUGACGAGUCAGAAGUUGAAAAGUCUGUAUUCACAGAAUUAAACAGAAAGAGCAACAUUGUUAAAUACCAUGUAGGAAGACCUGCACUGCUAAUCAGCAGCACAAGCUGGACAGAGGAUGAAGACUUCAGUGUUUUACUGAGGGCACUACAAGACUAUGACGAGUUCAUCAGAAAUGGAAUCAUUCUUCCUUCGCUUGUUUGUGUUAUUACAGGGAAAGGUCCUUUGAAGGAAUAUUACUGUAAUUUGAUGAAAGAGCUGCACCUGCACAACAUCCAGAUCUGUACACCAUGGUUGGAAGCUGAAGACUAUCCUGUUUUACUUGGAUCAGCUGACCUAGGAGUCUGUCUCCACAAGUCCUCCAGUGGUUUGGACCUUCCUAUGAAAGUUGUUGAUAUGUUUGGCUGUUGCCUUCCUGUGUGUGCAGUGAAUUUUAAAUGUUUACAUGAACUUGUAAAACACAAAGAAAAUGGACUGAUUUUUGAAGAUUAUAAAGAACUAGCUGAACAGUUAAAGAUGUUAUUCACUAAUUUUACAAGUGACUCAAAUAAACUAAAGCCGUUUCGACAAAAUCUCCGUGAAUCUAAACAAAUACGUUGGGAUGAAACCUGGGAUGAAACUGUUCUUCCACUCUUUAAAGGAAACUGA